ACGUGACUAAAACAGUAAUUUGAGCGGGUCUCUGUCAGGGGCCCGCCCCCUAUACUUUUACUUUGAAAGCGCUGGGAGGAAGUGUGUGUCAGCUGUUUCGGGCUCAGCGGGAGCAGCGAGCCGCCGGCCGCAGCCCGUAUUGAUGACUGAUCGGUGAUGGCUAAAUGGGGUGAAGGAGACCCUCGAUGGAUCGUGGAGGAGAGAACCGACGCGACGAACGUCAACAACUGGCACUGGACGGAGCGGGAUGUGUCCUCCUGGUCCUCUGAGUGCCUCCGGAAGCUCCUCCUCGGUGUGCGGGUGGAGGGAGCCGAGGGAGUCUGCAAGCUGACGGAUGUCACCAAGCUGGAGGGCGAAGCUUCCAUCAACAACCGCAAAGGGAAGCUCUUCUACUUCUAUGAGUGGCAGCUGAGGGCCAGCUGGCUGGGGACGUCCUGCGGUGGAGUGAAGUUCAGAGGAACCGUCGACGUGUCCAACCUGUCUGACGAGAACAGCGAGGACGAGCUGGACGUGAGUGUGACUGUCCUGAUACGGAGCAGCGGGAGAGUCGCACAGAUCCCAGUGAAGCAGUGAUUUAAUGAGGAUUAAUGCCUAAAUUCAUUUACAAAUCACUUUAAAAUUUUUAUUGAGACAUUAAUAAAGUAAUUUAUUGUUCGAAAACUUAAUGGAUAAAAAAGGAAUUUUAGA